CUAAAUUAAAUCAAAUUUGGCAAAUUCCGUCAGUACUCCACUCUCCCACUCCGGCGCCGCUAGCCGCCUUCCUCCAGCCUGUUCCGCCGUCCGGCAUUGCCUGAGUUACUCCGCCACAAUCUCAAUUCUAAGCUCGAGUUUGCAGAAUCAUGGGAAGAAGAAUUCUAAACGAUGCGUUGAGAACCAUUGUCAAUGCUGAAAAGAGGGGUUUCGCUUCCGCUGAGCUUAAGCCCAUUUCUAAUGUCGUUGCCUCAUUCCUCCAAAUCAUGAAAUACAGAGGGUACAUUAAGGAUUUUGAAGUCCAUGAUCCGCAUAGGGUGGGGAAGAUAACCGUGCAGCUGCAGGGGAGGGUGAAUGAUUGUCGGGCCCUCACUUAUCGACAAGACAUCAAGGCUCAGUACAUUGAGAGCUACAAAACUCGAAUGCUUCCUACUCGCCAGUGGGGCUAUGUAGUGGUCACAACACCAAACGGAGUUCUAGAUCACGAGGAGGCUAUUCGACAAAAUGUUGGUGGCCAAGUUGUCGGAUACUUUUACUGAGGGUGCUACGGUCAUUCUCUUGUUUUGAACGGGUAUACUUGGCUUCUAGGUAAGAAAGAACUUAAAGAACUAUGCGAAGCUCUGUUUUUUGGGCUUCUCAAUCCCAAUGUAGAUGAGUCAUUUCCCUUUAUGACAAAAAUAACACAUUUAAUUACCCUG